AUGAUCCUCACCGUGGGUCACAGCACCAAGGCUGCGAUCGCGCCGGAUGCCACUUCUGCGGAAGUGCACAACCGCGGUGCUUCAGAACUUCUCACAAGGAAGGUAGCUCAGCAAUGCCAUGAUAUGACCACAGGUGGUCAUGGCACGCAGUGCCCGGGGCGACAAGUGCUCCUUGUGCGGCAUGGACAGAGCUUGCACAACGCCCACCACGACGUCGACGAAGUUCUGCGCGACCCGAUGCUAUCGGAGCUGGGCCAUGCCCAGGCGGCGAGCCUGCGCAGUGUGCCUUUUGUGAGUGCUGGCUGCGAACUGCUGGUGGUGUCACCCUUGAGCCGCGCCAUUCAGACGGCCUCGGCCGUCUUCGGGGAGCUGCCGAUGUGCCGCACGGUGCUGACGCCGCUACACUCGGAGAGAUGGUGCUCCAUCGCUGACGAGGGUCGCUCGAAGUCUGAAUUGCUUCAGCUCUUUCCCUUCGUGGCAUCGUGGGAGGGCUUCGCCGAGCUGCCGGAAGACUGGACGCCCACCUGCCAGGAGGCGGCCUGGAAGACGGAGCGAGUCCCCGCCUUUCUGGAUUGGUUGGCUGCGCAGCCGGAGCAACUCGGCUACAGACCACUCCAGCAAUAUCCAACAAUGCCCUGA